GGAGAAGGCACAGGUCGACACGUUGAAGGAGAUUCCAUUCCACGUCGUUUUCCUUUGUUAAUUCGCACUUAUUUCAUUUUGUAAGAUGUCCCUAUCAGAAACAGCAGAAGAAACCACAUAAACAAGGGGGAUUGUUGCAGCCCCAAAUUAGCUUUGGCGUUCACAGCGACUUGAACAAUGCUGCUGCUACUGCUCUUCCUCUGUAGUUCCCUCCUCUUUUCUGCUCUGCUCUACAAAUUCAUCACCGCCGAAGGGGAUUUCACCUUGACGUCAAAGGGAGGCGUCAAGCGCGAAGAAAUUGAAGAUAAGGUUGUCUGGAUUACUGGGGCUAGCCGUGGUAUAGGUGAGGUUCUGGCCAAACAAUUUGCGAGUUUGGGUGCCAAGCUUAUUCUGUCAGCUCGAAAUGAGGCUGAACUGGAGCGAGUUAAGAAGCAACUUACGGGCAAGUAUGCUCCCAACGAGGUAAAGAUUCUGCCUUUGGAUUUGGCGUCCGGUGAAGCCUCACUGAAGGAGGCUGUGGAAAAGGCAGAAGCCUUUUUUCCUGGUACUGGUGUUCACUAUAUGAUCCACAAUGCAGCUUAUGAACGACCUAAAACGACAGUUUUGGAUGUAGAUGAAGAAAGCCUCAAGAUGACAUUCAACGUCAAUGUUCUGGGGACAAUAUCUCUCACACGUCUGCUAGCGCCAUUCAUGCUGAGACGAGGUGGCGGCCAUUUCGUUGUGAUGAGCAGUGCUGCAGGCAAGACGCCUGCGCCUGGACAGGCUGUAUACUCCGGUUCCAAGUUUGCUCUGAACGGAUACUUCCAUUCCUUGCGUUCUGAGCUGUAUCCAAAAGGGAUAAAGGUGACCAUUGUUUGUCCUGGGCCAAUAGAGACGGGGUCUGGAACAUCAAACUCAGCAAAGGUCGACUCUUGUUCUUUCCAGAGGCGUUUGUCAUCUGAAAGAUGCGCAGAGCUGACAAUAAUUGCUGCAAGCCACAAUCUAAAGGAAGUUUGGAUAUCGAACCAGCCUGUGUUAGCCGUGAUGUAUCUGGUGCAGUACAUGCCAGCCAUUGGCUUCUGGCUUAUGGAUAAGGUCGGUGCAAAUCGGGUGGAAGCUGCUAAGCAAAAGGGCGAUACCUACUCCGUGGGGCUACUGUUCGGGAAGAAGAAGGUAACCUGAGGUCAUCAAGGCGCAACCCAACAUCAGAAUAAUCCUCUCGAUCGAUUCGAGAGAAACACGCAGUACCGCGCGCGACUGUACAUACUUUCGGAAAAAGGAAAAUCAUCUACAAUGCAGAUGUGCAUGCAUUAUUGCUAUUCUAGCUGCAACUGCAACCAGGAUAGGUUUCACAGAGUUACCCCCAUAAGGAUGCUGAUGGCUUUGCACAUCCUGUCAACAGGAAGGAUAAACUAACGUAACUCACAAGUAAGC